AACACCGACAUAAGCUGCUGCGCGAGAUGAGGAUAGCAUGUUGAUACUAGCUAUUGUUAUUAGCAACCUCGGCUAAUCAUUAUUUUUGUUCGUAGUUUUUGAGCCGUAGGCCAUGCUAUUGUGUAGAGCGAGCCUGCCUUCGAUGGCUUUGAAGCAGGGUAUAAACUCUACGGCAGAGGCAGCUUUGCAAGCAGCGCCACAACUUCAAACAAACAGACUAGCUGGCAGUACCUGGCCAUUGCGUAACAGCUAUACAGUUAAAUGUUCUCCGGCUUCUAGUUGCGUUCUAGGUGGUUGUGAACAAUCCAUACUCUCAUCUGAUGGAACGCUGAAAAGGACGGAAACUGACAUGUUUUCUGCCAAGAAAUGUAACUCUGUUCGUUUUAUAAUCACGCAAAGGGGACAAUUAUUGAGUCGAGUAACCCCGUUCGGUUUUAAUCUCUCCAACAAAAGUUAUUAUAAAAGUGUCUUCUGCCGUAACCUUACAUAUCGUAACAUUAUGUUACCGUGUAAUUGGACGAAGGGAGACCAAAACAUACAGAUACCGCAAGUAGAUGCACUUGAAUCCCUGCUGUUUACGUCUGGCGCCAAGGUCUGCAAUCAACGCUUUUGUCCUACAUCAAAUUUGCAAAUGAGGGCUCUUUCAUCGGUUGCUGACGCUCCCAAACGGGCGGAGGACUCGGUCGGGGACCAGAUCCGAAAAGGGGGCUCAGCCAAGGGACCUGAGGAACCCAGUCUACCAGAGUCUGAGGAGAACAAACCUAGCAAGACCCAGCAGCUGAAGAAGGUCUUUAAGGAGUAUGGUGCAGUAGGCGUCUCCUUCCACAUAUGCAUCUCCCUUAUGUCUCUAGGAAUGUUCUAUCUCGCUGUGUCCAGCGGGAUUGACAUGGCUGCCAUCCUACACAAGAUGGGGUUUAGCGAAACCCUGGUUGAGUCCAAGUUGGCUGCGGGCACCAGCACAUUUGUCCUGGCGUAUGCUGUUCACAAGCUGUUUGCUCCUCUCCGUAUAAGCAUCACCCUGGUGUCAGUGCCCCUUCUUGUACGAUACCUCAGAAAGACUGGCCUCUUCAAGGCACCCACUUCACCCUGAAUGUCUGAGACCGAAGCCUUCAACUGACACUUUCUAAAAAUUGACUUAAAAUGUAUAUUUUAUUCUAUUGUUGAAUUCCUGCUUGGAGGAAUCAGGAGAUGAUAAGCUGAGCGGAAUUGCUCCAAAGUGUAAUGAAUUAACUCUGAUUUUAGCGUGUAAAGGAAAUAGGGAAUUUAACAUUUAUGUUGGGUUUUCUGAAUUUGAAAAUUACUUGACAAACCAAGUUUGCUUUUAACCCAUCUGUAAAUGUACAAAUCCAUUUUGCCUUUACAAAGUUAAGUAUGCUAGAUACUCAUUGGUCUGUUUGAGGACAUUGAGGAAUUUCUGCUGUUGCUAUUUGUGUUGUCAGGCCAUUGUGUUAACCUUAGCUUCUGUUCACCAGUUCUAACAGAAGUAAUGGUCCAUGGUGAUUUGUUGACCUGUGAGUUUGCGAAGUAAUGCUGUGAGUUGGCCUGGAACAUAAUACAUACGAAAAAGUGAAAUACUAAAAAAGCACUAUCUCUCCUAGAUAUAUUUAUUUUCAAUCAUAUUGAA